AUUGAUCCUGGGCAACCUGGCUGCGUGUAUAACGAGCAGUGCUCAUCGGUAUGGCCCGAUGCGUAUUGUGACACAUCGGCUGGAGUUGGCACCUGCCGAUGUGGAGAAAACAAGGUCGAAAAAGCUACACGCGAUGGUCAUGUGUGUCUCGAUAUGCUCGACGCAAAUCAGAAUGUGCUUGCUAUCACCUGUCCUCUUCCCGAAGGAGCAGGCUAUACAUCUGCCCUUUCGGAUUCCAAACAUCCUCGUCAAAACAACUCCCCUGGCCCCGUUCUUUGCAAUACUGAAAGCUUGACGACUCACCAAUCUGGACCAGAAAUAGGUGACGGGUCUGCAGCCUGCCUCAUCCCUUCUGAUGGCACAUAUGUUGCCGACCUCUACGACUGCGUUGGUUUUGUUUCGCCAGUUGAUUUGACAUCGUCAGGCUACAGUGAGAAGGCAAACGGCAUUUGUUGUCCUAACAGAGCUUUCACAUGCAUCCAACCGACAGCAACGGGUCCGAAUCCAACUGAACCGCGAUGGUGGUACAAUGCGAUCACAGGUAUGUGCCAACAAUUUCUGUGGGAUCCUACAGCAACUGGACCGGGGGAACAUUCUCCAAACAACUUCAAGACCAUCGAACAUUGCGAAAGUUACUGCAGAGAUGGUAAGUACAUGUACUAUACAAAUGGUGUGUUUUUGUACAUUCUCAACACGAAUUCCCUACAAAAAUUUGUUUUCAUUUAA